AUGGCACUAGUGGAAGAUCCCCCGGUCCACGAUCUAUUGAAUAUUAACGGAAUUAAGAGCCCCUUGGGUUUGAAUGAAACGCCAGCUGUGGCUGUGCAGAAUAAUGUGGUCAAUAAUUCUGCUGCGAAUUAUUCAACGGCGCAGCCCCAGUUCGAGCUCGAAGAACAUCCAAUUGAUCAAGUGAGACCUAUAAAGGUGGGCGUUAUCGGUGCCGGUCUUGCUGGUGUUACGGCUGGUGUUAUACUGCCGGCGAAACUGCCAGGUCUGGAUCUUCGAAUCUGGGACAAGAAUUCAGACGUGGGCGGAACCUGGUUCGAAAACACAUAUCCCGGUGUCCGGUGUGAUAUCCCCGCACAUGCCUACCAAUCCGGUUUUGCGCCCAAUACCCAAUGGACCGAAGAGUUUGCCCAAGGACACGAAAUUAGAGACUACUGGCAGGGAGUGGCGCGCAAGUUUAAUGUUUACCAGUACCUAUGCCUUCAACAAAAGGUCCAAAAAGCAGAGUGGCUAGCAGACGAAGGGAAAUGGAAGGUCACUAUUGAGCAUGUAGAUGGCUCAAAUAAGGUCUACGAAGAGAAAUUGGAUGUCCUCAUCAAUGCCAUCGGCCAUUUCAAUGCCUGGAAAUUGCCUGACUAUGCGGGAAUCAACCAAUACAAGGGUGCACUGUUCCACUCCUCGAACUGGGACCACACUGUCGACUUGAAAGGCAAACGAGUGGCGCUUAUCGGCAACGGCGCCUCUGGCUUGCAGGUUCUUCCCUCAGCCCAGCCAAUCGCCAGCCACGUCGACCACUACGCUCGAAAUCCCACUUGGAUUGCAGACUCAUUCGGUGAAACAGCGGGAGUCCGUCGACUGGAGGCCAAUCUUUUCACUCCCGCACAGUUGGACUCGUUCAAGGACCCUGAAACGUAUCUAGAAUACCGCAAGGGGGUUGAAGCCAACUUCUUCCGGCGCUUCGGGUCAAUAUUCAAAGAUACUCCUGAGAACGAUGCCGUGAGAAAGAAAUGGACCGAGCUGAUGCUAAAGCGUAUCGCGGAGAAGCCUGAGCUGGGCGACAAGAUCAUACCUGAUUUCCCCCUAACUGUCGUCAACGUUGACUAUAUUCAAACUCGCAUCAAGCGGUUUACCGAGACGGGAAUUGUUACAGAAGAUGGCGUUGAGAGACAAGCAGACAUCACUAUCUGCGCUACCGGAGCCAACGUCGACCACGCGCCGCCCUUCUCUAUUAUUGCCGACGGCAUUGACCUCAAACAAGCCUGGAAGAAGGAUGGUUUGUUCGGGUUUCCUUACACAUACAUCGGCUUCGCAACACCAGGAUUCCCCAACCUCCUCUGGCUCGGCGGACCAUUCUCCUCUGGCCACAGUGGCACAGUCCCCAACAACGUCGAAAACCAAGUGACCUACAUUGCCAAACUGCUCCGCAAGGUCCGCAGCCAAGGGAUCAAGUCCAUUAUGCCCACUAAGCAAGCCGCAGAUGAUUUUGUCGAAUACUGUGACAAGUUCUACCCGCGCACUGUCUGGUCAGCGAACUGUAGCUCCUGGUAUAAUGGCGGCCAACCAGGCGGGAGGAUCCAUGGCCUGUUCCCUGGAAGUGCUACGCAUGCAAAUAUUGUUCGCAGAGAUCCGCGCUGGGAGGAUUGGGAGUAUACAUAUGUCAACCCCAGUGGGAAUCGGUUUGCGUACUUUGGGAAUGGUUGGUCGACAAGGGAGUUGACGCCUGGGGCGAAUCUGACGCCGCAUUUAAAGCUGCCGGAGGAGGUUGAUCUGAAAUCUUAUAUGGAGGGGUGGUGGGAUAUUUAG